AUGCCUCCUUCCUCGAUGGCCAAGUGGGAACCCAUCGUGAAUGCUGUCUGUGGGUUCGUUUUCUUUGUCGGAGCAUUUUCUUUCUCCGCAAACAUGUACCAAAUUGCGACCAAGGCCGAUAUCACCGCGUUGUCCACGAGAUUAGGUGACCUCAGAGGAGCGGAUACCGACCGCAUUCACGCGAGACUGGAAGUUCUCGAGAGGGAGCUUUCGCGACUGGAGCUUGAGAGGAAGUUGGAGGAGAAGUUGAAGAGGAAAUAA